UGCCCUGCACAGCGGAGGUCCUCCCGCCCGGCCUCCCUUCCCCUCUGAAGUCAUGGGUCUGCUCGGAGCGGUGCCCCUUCUCCUGCUCUCCUGCACGACCUUCUUCCUCGCCCUGCUCUGGAGGAGUCACCGCAGCAGGCGCAAGCUGCCCCCAGGCCCCACCCCGCUGCCUUUCGUGGGCAACAUGCUCCAGGUGGACGUUCGGGAUCUCGUGGAGUCUUUCCAGCGGCUCCAGCAGCGAUAUGGGCCGGUCUUCACCAUCCACAUGGGCUCCCGGCCCGUCGUGGUGCUGUGUGGCUAUGAAGCCGUCAAGGAAGCCCUCGUAGAUCACGCAGAAGCCUUCGGGGGAAGGGGGCCACUGCUGGCCCUGGACGACAGCAUCCGGGAUUACGGAGUUGUUUUCUCCAACGGGGAGCGCUGGAGACAGAUGCGCCGCUUCUCCCUCGCCGCCCUCCGGGACUUUGGGAUGGGGAAGAGAUCCAUCGAGGAGCGGAUCCAGGAGGAGGCCCAGUUCCUGGUGGAGGCCCUGAAGAGGACGGAAGAGCGCCUCUUUGACCCGACCUUCCACAUCAGCCACGCCGUCUCCAACGUCAUCUGCUCGGUUGUCUUUGGCCAGCGCUUUGAAUACGAGGACCGGGAGUUCCUUGCUUUGCUCAGCUUGAUCAACCAGACCUUUCAGCUCCUCUUUUCCACCUGGGUGCAGCUGGUGAACUUCUUCCCGAGGCUGAUGCAGACUCUGCCGGGUCCCCACCAUCAGCUGUCCGUGAACAUCAAGGGCUUGCUACGCUUCAUCCGCCAGAAGACCAAGACUCAUCGGGAAGCCUUCGAUCCAAAUUGCCCCCGAGACUUCAUCGACUGUUUCCUCACCAAAAUGGAACAGGAAAGAGGAAACCCAGCUUCUGAAUUUCGGGAGGAGAACCUGACCAUUACUGUCCUCAACCUGUUCUUUGGGGGGACAGAGAGUGUCAGCACCACUCUCCGGUGUGGGCUCCUCAUCCUCCUCCGACACCCAGAGAUAGAAGCAAAAGUCCAAGAGGAGAUUGACCGGGUCAUCGGGAGGAACCGCAGCCCCUGCAUGGAGGACCGUAGCCGGAUGCCCUACACCGAUGCCGUCGUCCACGAGAUCCAGCGGUUUGCUGAUGUCAGCCCACUGGGGGUUCCUCAUGUAACCACCAGCAACGUGCAGUUCCGAGGGUACACCAUUCCCAAGGGCACCACAGUCAUGCCUUUGCUGACAACUGUCCUGCACGACCCCCUGCACUUUGAGACGCCCAGGAAGUUCAAUCCCGGCCACUUCCUGGAUGAAAACGGGGCUUUCAAGAAAAACGAGGCCUUCCUGCCAUUCUCGACAGGAAAAAGGGUCUGCCUGGGAGAAGGCUUGGCUCGCAUGGAGCUUUUCUUAUACUUCACAACCUUGUUGCAAAACUUCAGUCUGAAACCACUCCAGGACAACAGCCGGGAAAUCAACAGUCUGCCUGAGAUGUGGCUGGGCGGGAGACGGAGACUGGCCGGGCCCUACCAGCUCCGCGUGGUUGCCCGGUAAAUGGGCCCUGAGGAGGUGCCACCGAGCUCAGCUGCAGGAUCCACCCCACACUUGCAUCCAUUUCUGCUUAGGCUGGACACAAUUUCCAUCUCUGAUUUGAAGGAAAGAUUGUAAAUUAACCCCACAAAGCCUCAUGCUUGAGCUGGGCUAGGCAAAAUGUGCUCAGAUAAAGUCAAUUGUUAAAUAAUGUCUCUUGUGUGCAAAUAUGGACAGAAAGAACAGUCUCUGCUUAUAGUGGUGCCAUCUGCCUUCGGCUUCCUUUUACAGGAGAUGGUAACUCCUGUGAAAUCCUUAUUUUUAUCAUCUUAAAUGUAAUGAAAAAUGAAAUUGACAAACACACUUCAAAUAUACUGAUGCUAAAAAUGCAA